GAACCGCGCGCAGCACCUUGGGGUCUCUGCGGCUGGCUGCGCACAGACUCUCGGACACUCGGACAGACAUGCUGUGCUCCCCGGGAGAAGGACAUGGGGCCACUCCCGCGGGCGGACCCGGCGAGGAGCCAGGAGCCUCCACGCUGCCGGGAAGUAGGCGGGAGCGGUCAGGCCGCGCUGUCUCUUUGAGACCGUGUUCCCGCUGACACCGACGGUGAGGAACCCAGCCCCAGGUCCCGGGAAAACCCCAGAGGAUGGGCAUUUGAGUAUUCAGAUGCAGAGGCCUCCAUGGCUGUGCUAAGCCUUCUGUUCUUGGCAGUGAUGUAUGUUGUUCACCACCCCCUGAUGGUCAGUGACCGCAUGGACCUGGACACACUAGCCAGAAGUCGGCAGCUGGAGAAGCGCAUGAGUGAGGAGAUGCGCCAGUUAGAGAUAGAGUUUGAAGAGAGAAAGCGAGUCGCUGACCAGAAGCAGAAGGCAGAGAACUUCUGGAGAGGAGACACAUCCAGUGACGAGUUAGUGCUGGGAAGGAAGGACAUGGGGUGGCCGUUCCAAGACGAGGGCCAGGAGGGACCGCUGAGCUGGAUGCUGGGAAACCUGUGGAAUGCUGGCCUCUUUUGCCUUUUUCUCAUCUUCGAGCUUCUGCGACAGAACAUGCAGCACGAGCCGGCCUUUGAUUCCAGCAGUGAUGAGGAAGAGGAGGAAGUCCGGGUGGUGCCUGUCACCUCCUACAACUGGCUCACCGACUUCCCUUCGCAGGAGGCCCUGGAAUCCUUUUACAAACACUAUGUCCAGAAUGUCAUCCGUGACCUGCCCUGCACCUGUGAGUUUGUGGAGAGCUUUGUGGACGACCUCAUUGAAGCCUGUCGGGCACUCAACCGCCAGGUGGUCAGCCCCCAGGAGGCUCGCCCACAGCUGGAGGACUGCCUGGGCAUCGGGGCUGCCUUUGAGAAAUGGGGAACCCUCCAUGAGACCCAGAAAUUUGAUAUCCUGGUGCCCAUUGUUCCGCCCCAGGGCUCCACGUUUGUGCUGGAGAUGAGGGAUCCAUCCUUAGGCCGCCGCUGUGGCAGUGUGCUGGUGGAGUCAGAAUGUGUGUGCAAACGUGAGAAGCUUCUGGGUGAUGUGCUGUGCCUGGUGCAUCACCACAAGGACCACUCGGCCCUCUUGGGCAAGUGCAACAGCUCCAUCAAAGCAACCCUCUGCACCGGCUCCCACCUGGACGUGUGCAAGACCGUACAGUGGUUCCGGAACAUGGUGGGCAACGCCUGGGCCCUCGUGGCCCACAAGUAUGACUUUCAGCUCAGCCUCCCACCGUCCACCACAUCCUGCAAGCUCAGGCUGGACUAUCGCUCAGGCCGCUUUCUCUCAAUCCGCUUGGUUCUGGGGGUGCAACGGGAAGACACUUUGGUCUACCUGGUGAGUCGGGCCCCUGACCAGGAACAGCUCACUAGCGUGGACUGGCCCGAGUCCUUUGCAGCCUGUGAGCACUUGUUCCUGAAGCUGGUAGGGCGUUUUGCUCCAGAGAAUACCUGCCACCUCAAGUGCCUCCAGAUCAUUUUAAGUCUCCAGGACCUUCAGAGCUCACCCCAGGGAGCAUCCCGUCCCAUCCUUACCUCUUACCACUUCAAAACAGCCCUCAUGCACCUGUUGCUGUGGCUGCCCCUCACGGACUGGCAGCACAGCAUGCUCUCCCAGCGGCUCCAGGACAUCCUCUGGUUCUUGGGCCGUGGCCUCCAGCAAAGGUCCCUCCAUCAUUUCCUCAUUGGUAACAACUUCCUGCCCCUGACCAUCCCGAUCCCUAAGAAAUUUCGGAAUGCCGAGCCUGUCAAUCUCUUCCAACACCUGGUGCUAAACCCCAUGGCACACUCACAGGCACUGGAAGAGUUCCACAACCUUCUGACCCGAGUGAAAGCUCUGCCUUGUGCCCCAUUGGCCGGGGCACAUUAAUGUAAAGGCCAUUAAUAAAGGGGAGAAGGUAUUUGUGAUUCAGGCUGCAAAAGAGUGUAUUUUUCAGAUACAUCAGUGGCAUAUAUGACUUUACCUUGUGAGUAGGGGUUAUGAUAGAUUAAGACAUUUUAAGGAGUGUGUGAAGUGGUCACAAGAUGGGAUCCCAGUGAGUCUUCUGAGUUUUUCUUCUCCUGACUUAACUUGCAUCAUGACCCACAGAGAGACCAGGGAAACGGAUGUUGUGGGAGAAUCUUGCUGCUAAAGAGUUAGAUCCAGAGGUGGCUUGGGAAGUCGUGUUUUGUAUCAACACUGGAAGUGAAAGAAUACCUCCAUUCCAGCUUACUCCUCAUAUUUUAGGAGCUAAUUUUUCAGACUUUCACUAUUUGAAGAUACAACCAGGAUGUUUAUUUUCUGUUUUCUUAAUUUAGCCCAAUCUUUAUAUGUCAGUAUAGUUGUUUUUAACGCAUCUGAGAAAAUUCCAAUACUACCCAAAUAAUUUAUUAGCAUUGAUUCACAAAUACUAAGUCAAUAGUGACCUGUCCCAUAGUUGAGGUAAUGUGUUUACUUAAAGAGCAACAUCUGAUGACCUCCUCAAUGCCUGGACGCAACAUUAUAAAACCCUUAAUAAGGAUGAUCUUUUGGGGGCUCUGAGAUGAAUAAUUGUUGUUUCUGUAGGGAGCCACUUGUUUGGUGAAUGGAAAGAAGUCCUAGCUACCAUGUGUAGCUCUGCUUUUUCCCAGUCUGGUAAUGCCUUUGUAUUCUCUUUUCAAAGAUGAGAGGAAUUAUUUGAACUAUAUUUUCGGUUUUGCAAAACAAGGUCAUAACAAUUGACCACUGGCAGGGCUGGACUGGAAGGACUAUGAAGCAGUCCAACUCAAAUAAAGUCGAGAUUCCAGAGAUGUGAUCGAUGUAUUUUUCUGUGGGCAUCCUGAGGAGGAGUGUUAAGAAAUGUGAAAAUAGCUGUGGGUGUGGUUGUUUUGGAAAUCCAAUGCUGUACCUUCCUUGAAAGCCUGGAAGAUCUGCUCAGAGGAGGACCUGGCCCCACGUUUAACUUGACCUCGGUGGGGUUAAGAUGUUGGCCUUAUGGGCUUUGGUUGUAGAAUCCACACCCUCCACCAAGCAGAAAUAAAUUACAGGUGUCCCAGAAACUGAUGCCAGUCAAUAUUUGGGGCUCCCUCUGCUCAGUAGCUACUGUUGUCUGCUGGUAUCUGCCAGGUACUGCUUUCAGGUUAAGAUGCAGUGAUGGUUGGUUCCUUGCUGGUGGGAUUUUGAUGUUUUAAAAUAUCCAUAUGCUUUUUGUUUAGAAAAUAAUUUACUGCUGUUUCCUUCUAAAUCAAUAAAUGAGGCUAUUUUCUGUA